CUUUUUUUUUUUCUCUGUCUUUUUGGGAACAAAGGCCUUGGUCUAUAUCAAUAAGCAAAUGACACUUGAUGAAUUCCAACUUGAAGACGAUUCAUUACUAGAAAUCAGUCGUAAACUUUCUAAUGUCACCAUCGGCAAAAUGCCUACUCCUGGAGAAGAGCUGGACAAAAGCGCUGUAAGGGGAGACUCACUUACGACAACGGAGUUUGUCUUUUUCAUGCCUGAGUUUCUUUUAAUUUUUAACCAGUGAUUCUAUUACAGUUACCAACAAUAAAGUAUCUACUGUUCUCUUCAGACUAUGAUAAGAUGAAGCAGUCUGUCAGGGGUAUACGCAGGUAUCUGGUUCAAGCAAAUAGUGAUGAAAGUCAUGUAGAGGAUAUUUUAGCUUUGGGUGUAUUGCCUCGUAUAAAGGAGCUGAUGCAAUCUGAUAAUGGAAAUUCACUCAAGUUUGAAUGCGCUUGGAUUGUGACAAAUAUAGCUGCAGGCACCACUGCUCAUACACAGGCUAUUGUUCAAGCUGGAUUUAUCGAUGUUUUACUUGAAAUAAUCAGUAGCAAAAAGGCUGAAGUCUACCUUAAAGCUCAAGCUGCUUGGGCUUUAGGUAAUAUUGCUGGUGAAUCUCCUGCAUACCGUGAGGAAUUAAUGACAAAAGGGAGUUCAACUGCUAUCGUCAAUGUGCUGAAUGAUAUUUAUGAAGAUAUUUAUGACCUUGCAUUAAGAGACGGACGUGGUAGAGGAAGGCUGUAUCUAUUAGAUAAUGAUUAUGAUGUUAGUACAGAAUCAUUGCUAUGGUCACUAUCCAACAUGGCCCGUGGAGGAUAUCGUACUGCUGAUUAUUAUGAAAAUUAUUUGAUCAUGUUUGAUGCUUUUGCAAAAUACGUCAUGUUUGAAAAUCCAAAGCAAGUAUUGGAAGCUUGCUGGGGAUUAUGUCGUGUUUUGUAUAAUAUGCAUGAAGUAGGCGCGUUUUAUUACAGAGUUGAUAUUUCAGUUGAAUUAUGCGAACGCUUAGGAGAACUUAUAACAUCGAGUCCAUUAAAAGUGGUGCAUGCUGCUAUCCGGACAAUAGUAAACAUAUCUAAUGGUCCUGACAAACACGCAAUGAAUUUACUACAACCUCCUGUUCUCUUAAGCUUUAUGCAGCUGCUUACACCUCAAACCACAACUGAUGUAAGAAAGGACGCUUACUUAGCCCUUUCAAACUUGGUAGCAAGCAAUGAAGAGAUGAUUGAUCAAAUCAUUCAACACAGACCCAUUAUCGAUAAUGUCAUCAACCAUCUUGCUGUACCUGGUCACACUUAUACUCAUUUCAACUGGGAGCCAACCGUAUCCCACGCUUUCUACUCUAGAAGCGAAGAAUGGAAAGUGACCAAAGAGGCAUUAUGGGUUAUUCUCAAUCUUGUGACGGUUGGAAGUGAUUCUGCCAUCUAUCAGCUUCUUUCUCAACAUCCUACUAUUCCAGCUACCCUUGCAGCCUUGUUAAACUAUAUUCGAUUACCUACAGAUGCAUGCGAAAAGACACUGGAAUGUAUGAUCAGUUUAGUACAGAGAACGAAUAAGUGUAUAGGUGACCAAUACCAAAAUGGCAAGAACCCCUAUGUUCGACAGUUGAUCGAUGGCCGCGCAUCUAUAGCAUUAUCUACUAUACAGCAAUCGAAUUCGACCCCAAAGAUAUGGGAUCUCUGCUCAAAGCUUGACAAAUUACUUUAUGUAUCAGAAGAAAGUGUAAGUCAAGCAGCAGCUAUGGUUGAUGCUGGAGGGAUGGCCAGUGCCUUUGGUCUUCCGUCAAUGGUCGAAAUUCAAUCAAAGAGUCAGAAGCGAAGGGUUAUUCGUGGUUUAGAUGAUGGUGAUGUUCGUUUAAUUGAAAAUGCAGUAAACAACCUUUGCAUUUAGCCUCCUCCUUCUUUCUUUCUCUUUUCUUAAAAAA